GUGUUUCAGGAUGAAGAGGCAGAAACGAAGAUUCCAGGCUGAGUGAACAGCAUGUGCACAGGUUCCAGAACAGUCGAGAGGCCACAAUGACUAUCAUGGAGGUCUCCCUGCUCACGGGCUUCUACCCCAACCAGGAUGACCUCAAACAGCUCACGAGUGAUGUGGAGAGGUACGCCUUUCAGUACGAAACCAAGACAAGUACCAGUGACAGCACUGUUGUCCUCUACCUGGAAAAGCUCUCCCAUGAGAAGAACACGGUGCUGGGCUUUCGGGUUCACAGGAUGCUGCAGGCGGAGUUCCUGCAGGCCGCCCUGGUCACCAUCUACAACUACUACGAGCCUUCCCGGAGGUGCAGCACUUUCUACAACCUGCCCACAGAGCAAUCUUCCCUGAGAAAGAUCUGCCACAAAGACAUCUGCAGAUGUGCAGAGGGACAGUGCCCAUCCCUGCAGAAGCCCAGUGGCCAAUUGAGGCAGGAGGAGCUCCAGACAACAGCAUGUGAGGCAGGCAUGGAUUUUGUGUACAAGACAAAGCUGGAAUCUGUGGAGGUCUCUGCCUCCAACCCUUACGUCUAUUACAACAUGCAGCUCGAAGACAUCAUUAAGAGUGGUACGGACCCUGCCACACCCCUGGCCAUGAAGAAAUUCGUCUCCCAUGCCACUUGCCAUGACUCCCUGGGGUUGCAAGAACAGGAAUCGUACCUCAUCAUAGGCCAGACGUCAGACCUGUGGAGAAUCAAAUCUGAUUACAGCUAUGUUCUGGGCAAGCAGACGUUCCUCAUCCUUUGGCCAGCAGAUGGAGACGCCAGCAAGAAAGAAUUGCGGGACCAACUGGAGGAAUUUUCGGAAUAUAUGCGCACCCACAGCUGCCAGUCCUGAGCCUCUUCUGCUUUCAGGGAGGUGUCAUCAGCCAGCUCUGGGCCACUGGGUUUAACCCCAAAUAAAGAGCACAGGAUAUGACACCCAAA